UUUUGUCAGUGAUUUAUUUGUAGUAAAGUCUAGUAGCUCGGCCCCUUUUGUGUCUCUAAACCUUACUGCAUUUCUCUAAGUAAUCCAAAAGCCUGUACUUGUUAUUCUGUUUUGUUUCCUGCAACGGAUCAAAGAUGAUGUCUAAGAGGAUCCCCCAGUGCUCUGCAGCGGGUCAGUCGGAGAAUGAACAGCCUCCCAGCAACUGUCAGGUGGACCGGUCUGGGAACGCAGCACUGGGGUGUAGGAACAAGGCCGAGUCAAGUCAGAGAAACGGGGAGACGGCGUCAUCGUCCCCAGAGAGCGGCAGCUUGAACGGAGAUGGAAAGCGCAGCGGGAAAAGCCGCCGCCGCAAAAAACGCUCAUCCAAUCCCGAUAGUGUCCCCGAGGGGAAGGUCGACAGUAAGACUAAGAGCGAAGAGAAACCAGAUAAAGGGACCAGCCAGUCACCUGACUCCCACGCUGGGCUGAUUGGCCUGCAGUCUGAGUGUGCCAAUGUGUGGUUUGAGCGCAGCGUGUACGAGCGAGCUGAAAGCCUCUACCAGUGCUGGUUAGCGAGCUCCUCCAAUGGGACCAGACAGAAAAACAGGUCACCUUCAGCCCCUGGGAAACGGUCAAAGUCUUCAUCCACUGUGGCUCCAUCUUCCUCAGAGCUGGCGUGCCACCACGGCGAUCAAGUAGCCUGCCAUCAUGUUGUACAAGCCGUGUGGGUGAACAAGACAAGCUUUGACCAAGCCGAAUGCCGCUUUGUUGAAGAAUCAACGCCAUCCAUUCCAAACUCUCUGGACCUUCCAUCCCAGCCGAACCGCUCCAUUGCACCCAGAACACCCGACGAAGGAUAUCAGUCUUUAGCCCCAACUCCUGCGACCCCUGUCAUCCACCAAGCAGCCAUCACACCGACCAACCGACAGUCGAUUAACGGGCUGCCCCGCAUCCCCGUGGAGCUGCUUAGAGAUGUGUGGUUGGAGAAGCCGCUGUACGACCGCGCCGAAGCAGCCUUUUACCAGAACCUGUAUGGCAACAAUUCCUCCAAGCGCUCCAGCUGCACCUCCUCUGCCAGAAUUAGUGAUCACCCACAAAGUCUCGUAGAAGAGGAGGAGGAGGGGGAGGUGGAGGGGGAGGUGGAGGAGGAUGAUGAGGAAGUGUUGGUGGAGGAAAAGCGGGUGGUCCCACAGGGUAAAGCAGAAGUCUUCCACGCUCUGCUCCCAAUUCAGGAGGAAGAGGAGCCAGCUGAAGUCCCAGAGAAGGAAGAGGUGACGGGGGGCAGAGUCCGCUACUUCCUUCACCCAGACAGCGAGCGGGUGUGGCUGGACAAGUGGCGGUAUGAUGCUGCGGAGAGCCGUUUCCAUGGUUACAGUGGGAGUGAGGCUGUGGUGGUGAAGAAGGGACGGAGGUCAGAAGAGGCGUCGAUCGCCUCCAUCGCCCCAAAGAGGGACAACACCAUGAGUUCAGUGGACUUUCUGGCCCAGGAGAAGAUCUGGUUCGACAAACCUCGCUACGACGAGGCAGAACGACGCUUUUAUGAGCGCACGAACGGCUCCUCCCAGCCAACACAGGUAGCUGCACCGUCCCACAGGGAUGUCGGAGCCAACACCAUUCUGCAGGACAUUGCUCGGGCACGAGAGAACAUCCAGAAAUCACUAGCAGGACUGAAGACUACACUGUGUAACAGAGGGUCUGGUCAACCUUCCCUGAGCCAGCAGUCCCACCUUAGCAGCAGCAGUGCGGCCGAUCAAGGAGAACUCGUCUCUCGCAUCAAGAGUUUGGAGCUGGAGAACCAGAGCUUACAUAAAGUGGUGGAUGACUUGCGGGCUGCGCUGUCCAAACUGGAGUGCAGGGUAGCCGUUCUGGAGAAGUCUCCUGUGGCCGCAGCUCCCACGCCUUCGGUUCCCUACACAAACGGCACCGCGGUCCAGCCGAAGAGCAGCGCCCCGGUUAAAGAGCAGGAACAGGAAGAUGAGGAUGACGACAUUGACCUGUUUGGCAGUGAUGAAGACGAAGAGGCGGAAAAGCUCAAAGAGCAGAGGUUGAAAGAGUACGCAGAGAAGAAGGCCAAGAAGCCCAGCGUCAUCGCCAAGUCUUCCAUCUUAUUGGAUGUCAAACCUUGGGAUGACGAAACUGACAUGGCGAAGCUGGAGGAGUGUGUGCGCUCGGUGCAGGUUGACGGCCUGUUAUGGGGCACAUCCAAACUGGUUCCUGUGGGUUACGGCAUCAAGAAGCUGCAGAUCGCUUGUGUGGUGGAGGACGACAAGGUGGGAACAGACAUGCUGGAGGAGGAAAUCACCAAGUUUGAAGACUUUGUCCAGAGCGUCGACGUGGCGGCUUUCAACAAGAUCUGAUCCCGAUGUGUCUUGGUCUGUCCUUCGUCACGCCUCGUUUCUCUGCUGAUUGUGUCAACGGUUAAUAAUAAUAAUAAUAAUAAAAACCAACUCUUGCACUGAA